AUGAGUGUGCAAAAGGAAGACGUGGAAAAGUUCCUCAAGGAGAACCCUGCCUUCGCUAAACAGUACUUUGACAAGAAGAUGAGCCCAGCCUCCAUAUCAAAGGUGUCCGGACUCCCAGACAAACAGAUUGACUUCAGCCAGUUCAAGGACCUCACUCAGCUCGAAGAAAGCCAAAUCAUGUAUGACCUGAUCAAAGACAUGCAGGAGAACAUCAACGUGGAAAAGGUGGUCUUCAAGAUCCUGAAGAGAAUCAGUGCACUGAUCCAGGCGGACCGGUGCAGCUUGUUCAUGUACCGUCAGCGGAACGGCAUCGGAGAGCUCGCCACAAGGCUCUUCAACGUCAACACGGAGGCCCAACUGGAGGACUGCGUUGUGCCGCCGGACUCUGAGAUCGUCUAUCCGCUGGACAUGGGAAUAGUCGGCCACGUGGCCCUCACCAAGAAGACUGUGAAUGUGAAGGACGUCACAGAGAACCAGCAUUUCAGCUCAUUCGUCGACGACCUCACAGAAUACAAGACCCGGAACAUUCUGGCUACGCCCAUCCUCAACGGCAAAGACAUGGUGGCUGUGAUCAUGGCUCUGAACAAGACGACGGGACCACAUUUCACUGCUGAGGAUGAGGACCUUUUUUUAAAGUAUCUGAAAAUUGCCACGUUGAACUUGAAGAUCUACCACCUGAGUUACCUCCACAGCUGUGAGACGCGUAAAGGACAGCUGCUGCUGUGGUCGGCCAACAAGGUGUUUGAAGAGCUGACGGACAUUGAGCGACAGUUCCACAAAGCCUUGUACACGGUCCGAGCCUACCUCAACUGUGACCGCUACUCGGUCGGGUUACUAGACAUGACAAAGGAGAAGGAGUUCUUUGAUAUUUGGCCAGUGUUGAUGGGAGAGCAGGCCCCUUACUCUGGCCCUGUCACUCCCGACGGCAGGGAGGUCAUUUUCUACAAAGUGAUUGAUUAUAUACUACACGGAAAAGAAGACAUCAAAGUAAUACCCACCCCGACUCCGGACCACUGGGCCUUGUGUAGUGGCCUGCCGACGUAUGUUGCCGAGAGCGGUUUUAUUUGUAACAUUAUGAAUGCAGCUGCUGACGAGAUGUUCAAGUUUCAGACCGAGCCACUCGACAGCAGUGGUUGGACCAUUAAAAAUGUUCUCUCGCUGCCGAUCGUCAACAAAAAAGAAGAGAUUGUUGGCGUGGCAACGUUUUACAACAGAAAAGACGGAAAGCCUUUUGAUGAUCAGGAUGAGCAGCUCAUGGAGGCUUUGACCCAGUUCCUGGGCUGGUCUGUUUUGAACACGGACACCUACGACAAGAUGAACAAGCUGGAGAAUCGGAAAGAGAUUGCUCAAGACAUGGUGCUCUACCAUAUCAAAUGUCGGGACGAUGAGAUCCAGAAUGUCCUGAACACCAGAGAGGUCUAUGGCCGUGAACCCAGAGAUUGUGAAGAGGAGGAGCUCCUAGAUAUCCUGAAAAAAGAACUACCUCCACUUAUUAAGAAGUUUGAGAUCUACGAGUUCCACUUUUCGGAUUUUAACUGCACAGAGAUGGAACUGGUUAAGUGCGCGAUCCAGAUGUACUACGAGGUCGGGGUUGUCAAGAAGUUCCAGGUCCCUCAAGAGGCGCUGGUUCGGUUCCUGUACUCACUCAGUAAAGGCUACAGAAAGAUCACCUACCACAACUGGCGCCACGGCUUCAACGUGGGACAGACCAUGUUUACGCUCUUAACGACAGGAAUGCUGAAGCGGUACUACACUGACUUGGAGGUAAUGGCCAUGAUAACAGCAGGUUUUCUCCAUGAUCUUGAUCACAGAGGGACCAACAAUCUGUACCAAGUCAAAUCUGGCAACCCUCUGGCAAAGCUGCACGGAUCCUCCAUCUUGGAACGACACCAUCUCGAGAUGGGGAAGUUCCUCUUGGCUGACGAGUCACUGAACAUCUACCAGAACCUCCACAGGCGACAGAUAGACCACGUGAUUCAUCUAACCGACAUCGCCAUCAUCGCCACGGACCUGGCUCUUUAUUUCAAGAAAAGAACCAUGUUCCAGAAGAUCGUCGACCUUUCACACACAUAUGAGGACGAAAAGAAGUGGGUCGACUUCAUGUCUCUGGAAACAACACGAAAAGAAAUUGUCAUGGCAAUGAUGAUGACCGCAUGUGACUUGUCAGCCAUCGCCAAGCCUUGGGAGGUGCAGAGCAAGGUUGCCUUGUCUGUAGCAGCAGAGUUUUGGGAGCAGGGUGACCUGGAGAGGUCGGUACUGGAGCAGCAACCUAUUCCCAUGAUGGACAGGAACAAGUCAGCAGAACUACCAAAGCUACAGUGUGGUUUUAUUGACUUUGUCUGCACUUUUGUCUAUAAGGAGUUUUCGCGCUUCCACCCACAAAUCCAGCCCAUGCUGGAUGGCAUCCUAAACAACAGGAAGGAGUGGAAUGCUAAAAAAGAAGAGUAUGAGGCUAAACUCAAAGCCGUAGAGGAGGAGAAGUCUGCUAAAGAGGGAGUCAGUAAAGCUCCUGCAAACAGCACCGGGGAAUCCAAGACCUGCUCUGUGUGCUAA